GUCAACAUUAGGGCCAUUUGUUACCUUUUCCCUUCUUUUUAACGGUGGCCGUGCUUAAUUAUGGUUUCUCUCUUGCGGGUGGCUGCCACCAGUGAUUGCGGCCAAAGUUCAGCCCAAAAGCCCCCAGCUACCUUAUAUAACCUGUCAUCCUUGUAACUCCGGCCGCCUCUGGAGUUUCAACAGAUAACUCCUGUUCUGAAAGAGAAAAAGCCUGGGGAUUUACUUAACAGUGUCUGUUGGCUGAUUUGAAGGAUUAUAGAAUCUGCUCUGCACAAUCUCAAGUAUUUCUGAGAUUCAUGGAGGAGCAGUUGCCAUCAUCAGUACACGCCACGGUUUUCAAAGAGUCCGAGUCCCUUGAAGGGAAAUGCAUUAAAAUAGAGGGCUAUGAUUUUAAUCAAGGAGUUAACUACUCUCAGCUUCUUAAAUCCAUGGUCUCCACGGGGUUUCAAGCAUCCAACCUUGGUGAUGCCAUUCAAGUUGUCAACCAGAUGCUAGACUGGAGGCUUUCUGAUGAGGAUGUUACGGAAGACUGCAGUGAGGAGGAAGGGGAUCCAAUUUAUAGAGACUCUGUGAGAUGCAAAGUGUUUUUGGGUUUUACCUCAAAUCUUGUUUCGUCUGGUGUUAGAGAUACAGUUCGCUAUCUUGUUCAGCAUCAUAUGGUUGAUGUAGUGGUUACAACUGCUGGCGGCAUAGAAGAAGAUCUCAUCAAGUGCCUUGCGCCAACAUUUAAAGGUGACUUUUCCCUGCCCGGAGCUCAAUUGCGCGCAAAAGGUUUGAACCGCAUCGGUAAUUUGUUGGUUCCUAAUGACAACUACUGCAAAUUUGAGGACUGGAUCAUUCCAAUAUUCGACCAAAUGUUGAAAGAACAAAUAGAAGAGAAUGUCUCAUGGACACCAUCUAAACUGAUUGCUCGCUUGGGGAAGGAAAUAAAUGAUGAGACUUCAUACCUUUAUUGGGCAUACAAGAACAGCAUUCCAGUAUUCUGUCCGGGUUUAACAGAUGGCUCUCUGGGAGACAUGUUGUACUUUCAUUCUUUUCGUAGCCCAGGUCUUAUUGUUGACAUUGUACAAGACAUCAGGGCCAUAAAUGGUGAAGCUGUCCAUGCAACUCCUAGGAAGACUGGAAUAAUCGUUCUUGGAGGGGGCCUUCCUAAGCAUCACAUAUGCAAUGCCAAUAUGAUGCGUAAUGGUGCAGACUAUGCUGUUUUUAUAAAUACAGCACAGGAAUUUGAUGGGAGUGAUUCUGGAGCUCGUCCUGAUGAAGCUAUAUCUUGGGGAAAAAUUAGAGGAUCUGCUAAAACUGUCAAGGUACACUGUGAUGCGACCAUUGCUUUUCCCCUACUGGUUGCUGAAACAUUUGCCUCGAGAAGAAAUGGAUACAUCAAGAACAAGGCUUAAUAGUGAGAGCGGGUGCAGAACCACUUAAAAAUUAGGAUUCUUACAUAAGACAUACAUUCUUAUAAAAUAUUUGUAGGUAGAUGAUGUUUUCAGAUAUCAGCCUUGGUUUGAUAACUAAGGAAUUUAGAUCGUUGUGAGGGUCAUUUUCCCCACAAGUUCACUGUGACUGCUUAUGUAGCUUAUAGUGAUCAGUUGUUAAGCUUAGAAAUAAAUAUCGAGUCUGCGUCUCGUUGUCUAACUCCUCAGUCCUUACUCUCGGUAUUAUUACCAAAUGCACUGCCACCAAGACAACAAGGAGGGAAGCCGUGUGAUAUACAGGAUAAUUAUUUCUUUCUCACUUUAGUCUAGGAAUUUGUAAAACAUUUUUUUUCUUAAUGAAAGAGUGAAGAUAGAACUUGUUCCCUAA